CAUGUCGAAAGAUCAUUCGAUAGCUCGCAAACGUUCGUGGCGUGUUAUCCAUACAACCGACAUUUUGGAAGGAAUCACUGUUCCGUUGCAUCUAUUUCCACGAUGGGUCUUGGCAAUUCCUUCCAGUUGUGCACAAUAAUUUUCGCAAGUUUAAAGUUGUUUUACCUUACGGUGGUGCUCUACCAGUUGAUAUUUUGCAGCGGAUGGCAAUGCCACAAUGAACAGUACACUCCGACGAUUUUCUUCAUCCUACUGCUGAUGAUUUUCCCGGCUUUGAUGGUUAUCGGAAUACUGAAGAAAAACCUCCAACUGCUGCGUAUCUGUAAAGUGUACAACAUCGUGGAGAAAUCGGUAGCCAUCUUUAUCCAGCUGGUCGGAUUGAUAAUGAUGGAACGGGUCUAUCAGAUCUACCGCCGCGGACAUUACGUGUCCGAUAAAGAAGCCAUUUCGGUAGAAUUGGCAUAUGCACUGAUUUCGGUUGGCAUCCUCCUAACAGCGCUUUACAUGAUUUUCCGUAACUGGAUGAUCAACGGAACAAUUGAGUCCGUCAAACAGGAUCUUUACAUUCUGAACCGGGAGAAGUAUGUCAUGCAGUACAACAACGAAGAGCCAUAAUUUGGUCACCUGAGACUAGGGUCCAUUCUAAAACUAAAUGGCGGGAGGCUAAAUCAUUCAAGAUCUUCCAUAAAUGGUUAUUUCUAGCUUCAAGUAAUUUGCGAACAAUCUCCAAAUAGAGCCUAUUUUGUUUUGUUUGUUUUUUUUUUGCAAAUAUUUCGAUAUCCGUAGAAUCGAAUAAUAUGUUUGAAGUAUAGGAUUCAUCAAAUAAUCGGUACUGGAAAGUUAAUAAAUGAGCUAUUAAUUGAA